UGGCGACGGGGACUCCUCCAGGGCCGCGCGUGGCGGAGGCGGGACUCCAGGGGGCAGAGGGAAGGGACGCGGGCGGGCCCGCGAGCCGCUGCGGACGUCGCGCGCGCGAAGGGGAGGUGGUGAGUGCAAAGCAAAUAAAAACAUGUACAGAAUUCCAAAGUCUUCAGGUAGCACCUAUCUACCUCAGGAUGAAACAAGCCAUGGCACCAACAGUGACACCUCAGACACAGAAAAUCAAAGUCAAGAUUUAAACUGGCUAUCUCAAAGACAAGGACGCACAUCCAGUAGUACUGAAAGCCAGAUCCCUAUUAGUCUCAGGCAGGAAGAUAGGCAGCUUCAGCACUCACCCAAAAAAGGUAUCAGGCUUGUCUUCCACUUGCUAGGGCUAUGCAUAACAGUUCUGUGGCACUAUGUGAUGAAAAUCUGCAGUGCUUUUGCAAGGAAGAUUUGGGCUCGAAAGAUUAUUUCACUAGUGCUGUUCCUCCUUUCUUUAUUCUUUUUUGGUACUUACUACAUGGGAUUGCUUGAUGGAGGAGGAAUUCAGAUGUCCAGGGGAAUAUAUAAUGGCUUUGUCCUCUAUGAUUUUAACCAUUUCUGGCACAAGGAUGAAUCAGAGAGAUAUGGAAUGGAUCUGGAGUCUUUAAGGCAGGCAAACCAUGUUUUGAAAGAAAUCCAAUCUCUUAAAGAGCAGGUAGAUAAGCUACAGACAGAGCUUCAUGCUCUGAAACAAGGUACAAAGGACAUCACCCAGCGUGCUAUCAGUGAAGCCCUGGAAGGGAGUGAGAUCAAAGGCGUUACAACAUGGACUGUUAAAAAGAUGCUGAAUAAAGUACUUGAAAAGUUGGAUGAAGACCAAGUCCAGAUGCCUGAUUAUGCCCUAAAAUCAGCAGGUGCCAGCAUUGUUCAGUCCAGAACUACCAGGAGCUACCAUCAUAAUAGAGGAAAAUUCUUUUGGUUAUCAUUUCCAAUGCUGGUUUUUGUAAAGUCUCCAGAAGUUAUUCUUCAGCCCAAUAAUUACCCUGGGGACUGCUGGCCUUUCCCAGGAAGUCAGGGUGAAACUGUCAUCAAACUGGCUAUGGAAAUAAUUCCAAGAGCGGUUACAAUGGAGCACAUUCCCAAGAAAAUCUCCCCUACAGGAGAAAUCUCCAGUGCUCCUAAGGACUUUGCUGUCUAUGGCCUAAAGGAGGAAGAUGAGGAGCAAGGAACUUUCUUAGGAGAGUUCAUAUAUAACUGUGAAGGAGAUUUAUUUCAAACAUUCCAAUUGAAGAAUGAACUUUCUGAAUUCAUGAGGUACGUGAAACUGAAAGUGCUGAACAAUUGGGGCCACCCAGAAUAUACCUGCAUUUAUCGAUUCAGGGUACACGGAGAUCUAAAACAUACCCAGGAGUUCUUUGAACAGAGCCCAUUACCUUAGGAACUCAAAAUGGCAACAACACCAGCAAACUAAAAAUGGAAAUUCUUAAGAUCCACUCGGCUUCAUCACCCAAGUGAAAGGGUGUCCAGAGCAGAGAAAAAUAAAAAUGCAAACAAAAAUA